GUGACGUAAAGGGGCGGGGCGGAGGCGCGGUCAAGGGCGGCGGGGGUUAAUUGCCGGAAAAAGAACCCCUGGCUGGGGCGGUGGAUCGCUCGCCGGCGCUGCGGGACUGGCGCGAGUGCAGCGGGUGCGCCUGGCGCGCGAUGGCGCCGGGCACGAGCGCCCCGGGGUAGCGCGGGCGAGGCUGCACCGCUCCACGCGCGUCCCUCGCCGACUCUGGCGUUGGCCCGGCCCGGCCUGGGCGGCUAUGGGGCUCCUUCGGCUGCUGGUCGUGGCUCUGCUGGCGUCGCAGCCGGAGGUCGUUGGGGGAGCUGAGACCGUCGGAAACUCCAGCGAGGGUCUUAUUGAAUUUUCUAUGGGGACAUUUAGAUACUUCGAGCUCAACAGGUCCUUUCCAAAGGAAGCUAUUUUGCGUCAUAUUUCCAGCAAUGUGACUUUUCUUAUUUUCCAAACACACUCACAGUAUCAGAAUACAACAGUUUCUUUUUCUAAGACUCUCUUGCCCAAUACCUCAGGAACAGGCACUGACAAAGGACUGGUUUUCACUCUUAGACCAGAGCACAGUGUGUGCACGUGGUACUUGGAGACCUUAGAUGCUGAGCCUGUGCAAAACGUGGCCAUCCCACUCUCCUACUCAGAAAGAGAUCCUAUCCCUGGAGGCUGUAAUUUGGAGUUUGAUUUAGAUAUCGAUCCCAAUAUCUACUUGGAGUAUAAUUUCUUUGAAACAACUGUCAAAUUUGCCCCAGCAAACCUAGGCUAUGCGAGAGGCACACGUGCUCUGCCAUGUGACAUCGGGACGGGCCAGGACUCGAGGUGGAGGUUGCAGUAUGAGGUCUAUCAGUAUUUCCUGCCCGAGAAGGACCUCACUGAAGAGGGCUUGCUACAGCAUCUGCAGAGGAUGGCCGAGGUGCCUCAGGUGCUGGCCAAUGCUAUCAAGGUGGCUACCCUAACAGCUAAUGACAAGACAAGUGUUUCCUUCUCUUCCCUUCGGGGACAAGGUGUCAUUUACAAUGUCAUUGUUUGGGACCCAUAUCUAAAUACGUCUGCUGCUUAUGUGCCUGCUCACACGUAUGCUUGCAGCUUUGAGGCAGUGGAGGGUAAUUGUUCUUCCCUUGGAAGAGUCUCUACCAAAGUGUUCUUCACACUUUUUGCCCUGCUUGGUCUCUUCAUUUGUUUCUUUGGACACAGAUUCUGGAAAACAGAAUUAUUCUUCGUAGGCUUUAUCUUCAUGGGAUUCUUCUUUUAUGUACUGAUUACAAGACUGACAACUAUUAAGUAUGAUGUUCGUCUGAUUCUGACAGCCAUCACUGGAAGUGUUGGUGGGAUUUUCUUGGUAGCUGCUUGGUGGCGCUUUGGAAUCCUCGCGCUCUGCAUGCUGUGUGUUGGACUAGUGCUGGGGUCCCUCGUCUCGUCAGUGACUCUCUUCACUCCACUGGGAAAUCUAAAGAUUUUUCGUGAUGAUGGUGUGUUCUGGGUGACUUUCACUUGUAUAGCUAUUCUCGUUCCAGUAGUUUUCCUGGGCUGCCUAAGAAUACUCAACAUACUGACUUGUGGGUUCGUUGGCUCCUAUUCAGUUGUCUUGGCCGUUGACAGUUACUUGUACACAAGCCUUUCUUACAUCACUUUGAAUGUACUCAAGAGAGCACUCAGCACGGAUUUCCGCAGAGCUCUCACAAGUGUGCCUUUUCAAACUAAUGACUUCAUUAUCCUGGCAGUAUGGGGGAUGCUGGCUGUAAGUGGAAUUACGUUACAGAUUCGAAGAGAACGAGGGCGACCGAGUUUUCCUCCCCACCCGUACAAGCUGUGGAAGCGAGAGAGGGAGCGCAGAGUAACAAACAUUCUGGACCCUAGCUACCACAUCCCUCCAUUGAGAGAGAGGCUUUAUGGCCGAUUAACCCGGAUCAAAGAGCUCUUCCAGAAGGAACAGCCAGCUGGAGAGAGAACACCCCUGCUUCUAUAGAUGCCAAAGGGCUUGGUGACUGUGAUCUCGAAGUACAACCCAGGUACUGCCUCAGCUUUGGCAUUUAUGCCCAGCCUGCUUCAGCAAUCUCCAGGGCAAGUCUAAUGGGGAAACAGGCUUCUGUGCUUCUAUGCUCUGUACAGUAUUGUGGUAUCUUUAUUGAUCUAUGGUAAGUGUAUGCCAGGGAGAUGAUGAUAAUUCUAACAGAGUGAGAAAGAUGACCAAGAAGUUGGUGGUAAGGAGGCUUUUCCUUAUUCCCAAAUACUUAAGAAAUUACGUUUUGGUUUACAAAUAUAUGAUCAACUUAAAUAGAUACACUAAAAAAA